GAAAUUUUUGUCUUCCUGCGAAUAGGUUAUGUAUCGCUCUCAGCGGUGCGGGUAGCAGCACCGAUAGUCAAUUUUGAAUGCAUCCGGAGCCGGCGUGGCGCCGCGCGGCGAUUCGCAAUACAACAGCCGGGAUUUCAAAUUUUGUAUUGGACAAAGCUGAUGGUUCCAAUAUAGCGUUCAACGAUCACCCCGCGCGCCGCGGCCCCUGCGACAUCGUGCGAGUCUGACAGCGUACACGAAUGAAGGGCAGCGUCUUUCUGCGGAUAAUCAGUCGGGCCAAACAAGUGGUUUCGCGUCGAUACAUAAGCCUGACUACCAUGGCGAAAAGUAAGUUCGAAUACGUGAAGGAGUUUGAACGGGACGACCAUUGUUUGCCGAAUUGCUGGAUUGUGGUUAGAAUUGAUGGCAGGAAUUUCUCGAGAUUCUGCGAGACGCAUCAAUUCGUCAAGCCGAACGAUGUAGCGGCUUUGGAGCUGAUGAAUCGUGCCGCGAUCACCGUUAUGGAAGACUUUAAGGAGGUUAUACUGGGCUUCGGCCAGAGCGACGAGUACUCGUUCGUUUUCCGGAAGGACACGGAGCUCUACAAACGCAGAGUAUUUAAACUAAUGUCAAAUGUAAAUUCUCUAUUUACUUCGGCAUAUGUCUAUCAUUGGCCACGCUUCUUUGGAAGCAAAGAAUUAUAUUAUCCACCUUCGUUCGAUGCUCGUGUUGUGUUAUAUCCAACGGAUAAGAAUUUGAGAGACUACCUUGCUUGGCGACAGGCUGACGUACAUAUCAAUAACUUGUACAAUACUUGUUUCUGGAAUCUCAUAUUGAAAGGAAAAUUAACUCCAAAUCAGGCGGAAGAGAAACUUAGGGGAACUCUUUCAUCGCACAAAAAUGAGCUGCUUUUCCAAGAGUUCGGUAUAAACUACAACAAUGAACCACCACUGUUUCGGAAAGGUACAACGCUUAUUCGAAAAUUAGUGCCUGAUGGCACAGGAAGAUUGAAACCCGCUGUGGUCCCUUUGGUAGAUGAUAUCAUCAAUGAUCGUUUUUGGAAAGAAAACCCUGAAGUGAUUGGUUUGAAGAGUCUAGCGACUUAUCAGCCGCUGAACUUGCCGAAUAAUAUUAAAAAUACCAUGCCUGUACCGACACCUCCAUCGCCCACCGUAAAUAUAAAACAUGUAAACAAUGUUCCACCACCACCGCCGCCCACACAAACGAUUAACGCAAAUUCGAUGAACGAGGAAGUGCAUUCUAAAAGAAACAGAGAGACGGACGGAGAUAGAAUGCAGUGCGACAGUGAACGCAUUUGUAGGAGAUAAGUGUACCUUUUUUUUUCUCCCCCUCCCACAAAAGAUGAAACUGAAGUGAGAAACUGUAAGGUAAUUAUAUUUAUAUCUAUAUUAUAUACACUACAGGUAUAAAUAUUAUGAUGAAUAUAUGAUAGACUACCGAUAGUAAUAUAAUAAAUUUGAAAAAUAAUAAAAUAGUAAUAUGUAACAAAACUUUAGGUUUGUUUUCUAUUCCUGCAUUGCACUAAUUCAAGAAAUAUGCAUUGAAGCAGUUUCUGCUCCAGACCUGGUGUUAAAAUGCUGUUUUCUGUCCCAGUGUAGCGGAACUCGAUGCAAGAGUUCUGACUGAACUGGCUGCACCAGAUUUGGAGCCAGUGCAAGAACAGAAAGUGUUGUUCCACAGCAUUUUCGAGUAAAAGUGCAAGAAACAUCAAACAGCUUGUAUAGUUAUGUCAUUAAAUUAUUGUUCUUUCACUCUAAUGUUCACGAUACACAUGGACGUGCGAAUAAGUGUCCAAAGUUACGUUUUAUUACUUCUAUUUUGAAGUUUACACGUUUAGAGCCUGCAUUCUGAACGCGCUUACAACGUAUGUUAGUGUAGUUGAUAAGUCAACUUAGUAGUUCUGAAAAGGAAUUUUGUUACAAACGCGUGAUACCGGUUUUUCCUAACAGAGCACUGUUAUCACCAUGUUUAAAAUACGAGCGAUAGAAUGCUCAUAUCUCUUGUUGGCGCACUAAUAUCAUUGUAUGUACAUUCGGAAUACAGGCCAUUUACUAUAUAGCUAUCAAAAAUUAAAUAGUAAAUAUGAAAGUAGGAGCUUUCCUUGACAUUGAAAAGACUUGACAAUAUAUAUUUUAAUGUACGUAGCAUUUAACAUUCAGAUAUACAAGUUAGAGCUGUUGCUAGUUAUUGUUGAAAAUAACUUCAAUUCUACAGAUAUAAUGUAACACACCAUGUUAUUCUUGCAAUAAAAUGUUUUUUAUUAGUUUGCACACUUACACUCGUCAAUUCUGGCUUGCACUAGUUCAUUUCAAUUCUAGUGCAGUCUUAGUACAGGAAUAGAAAACAAACUUUUUGGAUAAAAAGCAACUUUAGUAAACAAAUAAAAUGCUACAGUGAAAGAAAAAAUUCCUUUUAAUCUUCGUGAGAAAAAUAAAUAUGUAGUAAAUACAUAUUUACAAAAUAGACAUAAAUAUUAGAUAAGUUAAAGUAGAGCCGUUGGUAGACUCAAUAUAGAACUAAAGUAAUGAUAAGUUAUUUCACACGCGGGCAAAAAUGUAUUUUGAUGUAUGCGGAAAGAUAAUCUUGUCCUUGCUAGAAUUGCGCGAAACAACCUUCGUAAGAACAAUUUUUACUAUAAGUUUUUUCCUGGCUCUAGCUUAAUGCCAAAAAAAAGAGAAAGAUGAGAAAGGUUAACGAUAAUAUAUACUGUUGCAUAUGAAGUUUGACAAUUGCAUUGUUAAUCAUAUGGAAUGCUGUAUAUUUUUAUUACUUUAUAUUACAAUUUUCGAAUUAGUAAUUACAACGUGAAGUAAUACGUGACAAUGAAUUGCAUUGGCGAUUACAAUAAAAUACACUAUGUACACAAAUUCUACUGCACUAUUUUUGACACUCUCGCUGCGUCAUUCUGAUUAAUGACUUGGAGGAUUUUUUUUUAGCGUUUCAAAUUUUUAUUGUGUAUUUCUCCGCAUUUGACGUCAUUGAUCAAGAUAGCCACGGCGAGGGAACUUUAAACUCUGGUAAUAUGCGUGACAAUAACAAUUCUAAAUAAUUCUCGACAUAUGCGUGCAUAUCGAUAUAUAAUACUUGUAUAUGGUAUUUAAAAUGAUUUAAAAUAUGUAACAAACCUCCGUAGGAGUGUUAUUUUUUAAACAGUUUUGAAGAACAACUGACAGAUUAAUUCAACUGAUAUAAUUUUGUGUUGUAUCUCGGAUCUCGAAGGAAUAAUCGACCGCUCGAAAGUGGAUUACGGAUCAUGAUCAACUGGUUUAUUCUAAACGUUAUUGUAUUGCGAAAGUAAAUAUAGAUGACUGACAUUG